AAUAGUAGGAAGUGAGAAAUGUAAUUGAUCGUCCCAUCAUAUUCAUCAUCCAACAUCCACCCUACUUACUUGUUUUUCUUUUUAUCUUUCUCUCUCUGCGCCCAUCUUUUUCAUUUGAAUUUUCUUUUCUUUCAUUGAAAAUUAAAUCAUCUUAUCCCUCACGAAUAAAGAAGAAAAAUAAUAAACACAAGCAAAUCUUUCCCGUGAAAGGAUCCCAUGGAGCACUACUUCUUUCAAUGAACCCUAAACACCCUCAAUUAUCAUAGUCUUAUUUGACUGACCUAAUCAAACAAAAGCAGCUAAUAAGGGUUUGUGAAUUGUGAGUGGUUGAUAAAUAGCUUGGAUUUUGUAAUCUCUCCCAACACUUGGAUUUCAGAUAAAAACAAAAUCCCAGGUGGGAAAAAUUCAUCACAACCCAUCAACAGUUCAUCACCAAAACCCCUACAGUUUUUUUUUUCUUUCUUUUUUUUUUCCAUUUUGUUUCGAAGUCAAUGGAUUCUGCCUCCGCAGGGAGUGACAAUAGCAUCAAAGAGGCUAUACCAGCAACAGCUUCAGCCCUGCUGUCCGCGGCUUCACAACAAGGAGGAGGUGGUAGUGAGUCGUCUCCUUCCCCAGCUCCACCGAGUAGGUACGAGUCACAAAAGCGUCGAGACUGGAACACUUUCUUGCAGUACUUGACCAACCAUAAACCCCCAUUAACACUAGCUCGUUGCAGUGGCACCCACGUAAUUGAGUUCUUGAAAUACCUUGACCAGUUCGGCAAGACUAAGGUUCACAUAACCGAUUGUCCUUAUUUCGGACAUGUAAACCCACCUGCUCCCUGCGCUUGCCCACUGAAGCAAGCGUGGGGUAGCCUCGACGCGCUGAUCGGACGGCUCAGAGCUGCUUAUGAAGAAAACGGUGGACGUCCAGAAUCCAACCCUUUUGGCGCAAGAGCCGUGAGGAUUUAUUUGAGGGAAGUGAGAGAAGGGCAGGCUAAAGCUAGAGGGAUUCCUUAUGAGAAGAAGAAGCGAAAAAGGCCCACCGUCACAACUACGGCUGUCGGGGUCAAUGUGUCCAGGACUUCCACUCAACCAGUUGAUGGCGGUGGGGGUCGCGGCGGCAUUUGUGGUGGAGAUGAUAGUGUUGGUGCUAAAACUGGGGCAAAUGUUGGUAGUGCCACCGCAGUUGCUGCUGCUACCACUAAUAGCGUAUAGUUCUUUUUCCCUAUUAACAGAUUCUUGUCCUCUUUUUUUGCCUUUAACAGCUGUUUUAAAUGUGAUUACGAGUUAUAUAUAUCUGGUGGUUCUGUCGAAAAAUUGGAUUGACAUCCCAUGAACCAAAUUUAGAAUUUAGGUAGAAUUCUAGUUUUAAUCUCUUUCAAUCAAUCUCUCCUAUUUUCCCCUUUCUCUACUUUCUUCAUCAUUUCUUGCUAUGCAUGUACUUGAAAAAGGAAUAUAACAAGUUUUAAUCUUUUUCCCCUUUCUA